GGUUAUGCAGUGGACUGAUUAUUACCUGUUUGUCCAGAAAACUGAGUACCACAGAUUUUAUGGUUUUUCUCCAAAAUAGGGCGAUUAGGGUGAGUUGUCAGGAUGCUAGGAAAUCAAUACCAAAUUGUUUACAGUCAGCGUUUUGCCUUUAGCAUUCAGGCGUGAGUGAAAAGAUACCUUAACAGGACCUCUAUUCUACUCAUCUCUUCCUCUCACAUUCAAGUAGAGGUCAGAUCUUUACAUAACUACUAAUUCUGAUGACAUAUCAAAACACACCAUUAGUUUGCCCAACUAUCUAGGACAAAGUUAGACAACUACAAUCACGCGAUUGAAGGCGAAAAAUGCAGACCAUCGUCUUUCUAUCCAAAAAUCAGAAAAUUUAGAAUCAGAAUAAAGAUAUUGGGCAUUGAGCAACUUUUUGUUGAUUGAAACAUUGAGGGCUAGUGGUAAAUCAAGCAUUUUCGGAACCAUCUCAUGGCUCUGCUUCAAGAUGACAGUUAUCGAGUGGAGUUGCUGUCAGAUCUUCAAGCAGACUACACAAAGUUUUUCACAAUGGCAGAGAGAGAGCUGGAAGGGAUAUCAAAGACCAAGCCAGUCGAUCAAUACGUGCGACUACAGAAAAUCGGGCAGGGUACGUUUGGGGAGGUUUUUAAGGUGCGGCAUAAAUCAACAAAACAGCAUUUUGCACUGAAACGAAUUCGGAUGGAACAAGAAAAAGAAGGAUUUCCUAUUACUGCGUUACGAGAAAUACGCAUAUUACAAUCCCUCAAUCAUGAAAAUAUUGUGUGUCUAAAGGAAAUAUGCCAUAGUCCACGUAAGCCUAUUUCUACCUCACGCUAUUCUCAGCAAAUGCUGGUAAUGGAUUCAAACCACAAUUCUAUCUUGUUUUUGAGUUUUGUGAUCAUGAUCUUGCUGGUUUAAGUCAGCAGAUUGAUUUCACUGAACCAGUCAAAAAAGCAAUAAUGAAACAACUACUUACUGGCGUUUUCUACUUGCAUCUAAACAAUGUCCUCCAUCGGGAUUUAAAAGCUGCGAACAUUUUGAUUGAUAAAAACGGCAUUCUUAAAAUAGCAGAUUUUGGUCUGGCUCGAACAACUGUUGCCUCUCUUCGUCCUGAUCGCCCAACACGUUAUACUGGACGAGUUGUUACUUUGUGGUAUCGACCUCCUGAAAUUCUCCUAAAUGACCGUCAUUAUGGAAAGCCUGUAGAUAUGUGGGGUGCUGGUUGUAUUAUGGCCGAAUUAUGGACAAAGUAUCCUAUUAUGCAGGUAACUUGAAUUAUGUCAAAUGAAUAAUGCAGUUUUCUCGUUUGAUUCUAUACAAUACAAAUAAUACUCGUUGAACUAUUUUAGUAAAUAAAACCCCAGUUUUCGUAUUCGUAAAAUAUGUCGUAAUUGAUAGUCAUUGCAAGUAACAUAAUGUACUAUGGCUUCCAUUUCGUACGAAACGACACUAACAAUCUAUCACUUAAUUAUUUUACUUUAGGAAAACCAACUUAUCUAUUAUCUGAGUCAUAAAUGUUUCUAGUGUAAGCGAAUUAUCUUUCACAUAGAUGUUCAAAUUUAAUUAUGUGUCGCUCACUUCAGCUUGUGAAGGUGACGUCCCUAUACAGCUUGGUCGUUUCUUCACGAUAAUAAGCUUCGAGAAGUGAUUGUCAGUCAUAAUACUGUAGAUCGGUUUAACAAAAAUCAUCAAUGUAAUUUAUUAGGUAAUCAGAAAAUAAUUAAAUUCAAGUGAUUAGGAGUUGGGUUAAUACUUAAAUUGUAUUAAGAUUUCGCAGAUCUACGAUUUGGUUGAGGGAUUCAGCGGUUGUUCAGUAAGUUACGGGUUCAAAACCAACUCUCAAAACUACUUCAGUUUGAGCAUUGGGCUAGUAUCAUUGGCCCUCACACAAAACGCAUGACUCAAGUUCGAACGCACAAAUUUGUGCUUGAUAAGUAAGUUAUAAUUUCUAAAGUUCUCCUUAAAGAUGGAUUUUUUGUCUGUUUCCUAAGUCGCGCUAAAAAUGACACUUCAUCAAUAAAGUUCGUCAAACAGGAGAAGUAACAAAAUCGAGAACUUCAUUUUGUACAAACUAAUCAAGGUGAAGGUGAUAAUAAUAGUGGACACCAGCAGUUUACAUUUUUUCUUACUUCACUUCAUUGUUAAUACAAUAAUUAUCGGCUUAGGUUUUAUUUUGUGUUGACCGUCCUACGAAAAGGUCCCACUGGAAAUUUUCUGAUUUCACGGAUAACAUCGCGUUAAGAUUGGAUAUUGGGAAGGUUUGGAUGAAGUUAACAAUACAAACUUGGAAGUAAUCUUAUAUGACUCAAGGGUGAACAUAAAGUAUGUAAUGGAAUAGUUUAACGAUUAAAUGAAUCUUAUUAGUUUUAUUUGAAAAACCAUCAGUAACGCGACUCUUGGAAAGACGGAGGUAAUGAAUGCAACAUUUAUAAUUCUAGUGAAGAUUUAGGAAUUUUUUCGGAGUCGAUAGGUUGUAUUGUGAGCAUUUAUUAAAAUCGCCUCCAGAUUUUUCUUCAGUCUUUGAAGUCUAUCUGCAAACUCUAAAUCCGUGCAACAAGUAUUAAGUCGACAAGGUUUUAAUAACAAGUAUUUUUGAUGUGUUUGGUUGGAACUUAAAGUAUAGUAAAACGACUGUGUAAAAGAACAAUAAUAGAAAUCCGUGUGUAAUUUAAAAUAAACGAAUCAAUCGUGUAAAUACAUACUUUGGUAGACUGACUCAUGUCAAUGAUAGAUGAACUAAUGCACUUAGAUCACAGUUACUUAAGUGAUACAUACAUCGAAAUUAGUCAUCAACCAUCUAGUGCAGUUUUAGAUAAACUGUUAGUUUCCCUUCCUACCUUCAUUUCUUCUAAAUAAAGGUACGGCCGAGAGUGGGGAGAGUCCGCUCUCCCUCUCGAAAUGCUCUCACAUGGCCACGCGUAUAUAUCCUCUGCCGGGGAAGUCCUACUCACUGCCUUCUCGUAGCGGGAGUUUUUGCGAAAAUGAGAGGACGAGAAGCGAAUGUCCGGCGCUUUAACCGGAUUCCAAACCAGUGGUGCACAUGGGCUCCAGUAUCCUGCGGGAACAAAUGGCGUAUGAACCACUCGUUGGUCACCGGCUUCCAUGGGAAGGCAUCUCCUUACAAUGCUCCAAUACCUUGUGGAUCAGACCUUCAGGUCGAAGGCUCGGGGUGUGGCCCCCUAAGAAAACCACCUGCUUCGGUUCGGGCACCCGGGCAGUAUCACAGCACUCACACAUAUCGAAUGAGAUUUGUGUGGUGCAUAUGUAUUUGGUGCCUCUUUGUACCAAUAUCUAUGUGUUAAAAUAAAUAAAUGAUUAUUUCUACUGUAUGACUGGUAAUUCUUUUGGUCCAGUUAAUAUAAAGAAUCGUAUUGGCAAAAGGUCUCUGGAUUUCUUCUCAAUCAAAUUUGUUGAUAUUGCAUUUUUCUAGGGGGACAACGAAAUUAGUCAGUUGAACCUUAUCAUUAAUCUCUGCGGAUCUAUAACACCUGAAAUAUGGCCAGGUGUAGAACGUUUGGAAACAUUUAGAGAAGCUCGUCUACCUCAGGACAUUAAACGACAUGUUCGAGAGAAAUUGACCCCCAAAAUUUCUUCGCUUGCUGCUGUAGAUCUCAUUGACCAAUUACUUGUCUUAGAUCCCAGCAAACGUCUUGAUGCUGAGCAGGCGCUUUCACAUGACUACUUUUAUGAAGAUCCUCCAGUAGGUGACUUGCGAUCUUUUUCCAAAUCCGGGACAUCUUAUCUGGAAUUCUUGUCGUCAAAUAACGCUCGUGGUCGUAUGUUACAAGGAGCAAAUCGUCCAGGAAUUGUACGUGGUCCAGUUGUCGGGCCUGGGCAGCAAAUGAAUUAUCUUAGUGGGCCUGGCAUCAUGCAUCCUAAUCGUCGUCCACCUAUACCAGAUGACAAUUCGUAUUAUGAGCGUGUUUUUUAGUCUGGUGUGCUUGUCUGCAAUACUUUUUGAAACAUUUCUUUCAAAACUCAUAUGUAAAUAAUUCACUUUGAUCUUUAAUCUUAUUUUCCGUCUUUUUUGUCAAUGUUUACUUUGGGAUUGACUCCGUUUUUCAUCUUUCCACGUCAUGCAAUCUGAAUACCAUAAACACUUGGUGUUUAUACCUCUAUUUCUAUGUAUUCAUUCUUUUUUGCGCAAUAAUGUUUGCAACUUAUUGCAUGUGACAGAUGUAUUUAAUAUACGCUAUAGAAAUAUUGGGAUUCUAUCUGCUUACUUCGACUACUAGUUACUUGUGUAAACUAGUGUCCUAUUGCAGCAAACAAUAUUACUUCUGAGAACGCUCGCUGGUUUUUUAAUCGUAAGGUCUGGAUUAAACAUGUUUAUACUUCAACAGGCUACAUGCUACCAAAAAGAAUUCGCCAUAUGGUGAUUACGGCUAUCGAAUUCAGACCAAGUUAAUGAUCUGAUCCCAACAAGUUACUUAUUUCCAACAUGUUUUAAAUUGGUUACUCAAUAUCAAUAAUUAUAGGUCUAAUAUUUAAGCAACUGGUUGUUACGUCUGGAGUUAAGCUUAAUUAAUUAACUGGCCAUAUGGUACUUUCCUAAUUUGUAAGUAAAUUCAACAGAAUUCGGAAGAACGUUGAUCAUAUAUCGGACCAACUGCAAU